GUUUAGAGAGAAAAUCACAGCUCUUGAAAGUUUCCAAAGAGUGGCAUCGUUAGAUGUUGAUGAACUUCUUGGAGAGCUCAGAACUUUUGAAAUCAACAACAAUUAUGACAAAGUGAAAAGUAAGGGCUUAGCUCUCAAAGCUGUUGUAGUCGAGGAAAGAGAAGAAAGCGAUGACGAUGAAGGUAAGUUGGCAGAUGAUACUGAGCUGAAAGAAGCACUAGCUUUAAUCGCGCGAAACUAUGGGAAGAUGAGUCAAAGGCUGUACAAGAACAAAUUUGAUGGAAAAAAGGGGAACAAUUUCAGCAAGAAUGUGAAGGAUCAAUGUAGGGAGUGUCGAGGCUUUGGACACUUCCAGUAUGAGUGUGCUAAUCUUAAGAAGAAGAAUAAGUCAUUGAAGGCAACCUGGGAAGAUUCAGAUGAAGAAGGCACAGACGAACCUUCGUUACACACAAGCAACCUGGCAGUUCAUACCUCAGUCAAGAAGUUCAUGUGUCUCACCACUUCUCAUGCUCCGACCAAGUUUGAAGAAAGUUUGAAAGAAACUGAAGCAUCUGAGGAUGAAGCAGAUCAAAAUGUGUGUGUAGAUCCAGUUCACUUACUUGCUAUGGAAAAAUGUGCUCAAGCAUCUAAAGCUCUACAGAAGCUUCAAAAUGAAGUGUUUAGACUUUCAAGAGCAAACAGGGUGCUGAACGAACAAGCAUUCGCCUCCACUGCUACUAAAGAGUGUGAACUGGAUACUGCAAAGGCACGAACUUGCAUCCUUGAGAGCAGUGUCAAACUUGCUAAACAAGACGGACUGGAGAAGGCUCAGACCAUUGAAUGCUUGAGGAUCGAACCAUUCUCUACUCAGAAACUUCUUGCCGAGCGGAACCAGGAAAUCAUACUACUGAAAAAUGAAGCUGAUCGGCUGAUGAACGAACAUGCUAGCAUGGAAAGCAAACUGAAGGCAAAUUCUGCUGA